AAGAGCAAAGGCGCUGAGUCAGCUUCUUAUCACUGUCUCCUGGGAAGUUUACAACGGCAGGACAUUUCCUCACAAUGUUUAUUUUUUUUUAAAGACUAGGAAUUGUGUUUAUUGGCCAAACGUCGAUGCAAACUUGAGCGCUAAUUCAAAUCAGUUGGCCGCUAAUGUUAGCGUGUUGCUCUGUCAAUCGUUGGGCAGGAAAGCCCAACGAUGAAUGAGCAAAGAAUGAGCAAGGAAAUGCUCAUUUGAAACGAGCAUUUGAGAGUUCAGCAGGUUCAACUUUCGUGUCUUUUCAACAAGCUAGGAACGGACAAACCCACAUCAUACUUGGUUUAAACCUUAGCUUUUAACAAUUAAAAUAGAGACACCCCCCCCCCCCCCCAAUUGGCUCCGAAAUGGUUUGCUCCAGCUAAUCCCUCCGAUCUCUCCGGAGCCAAUCAGAUACAGCUGUCUUCCGAACAUUUGCCGUUAUGUGACUGUAAAGUAUAUGUUGGGAGGUGGCCCUUAGCGGCCCAAAGCGGCUCUUAGCGGCUCUUAGCGGCUGAAGCUAGCAAGCAUUUGACUGUUGACAUCGCAUUGAGUUCACAACUAAGUGUUCCAAAAGAGCGGAAUCAGGAUCUACCCUCCAUACCAGUUGGUGGCGCUCAUGCACCUCGAGUUUGUUUGCCACCUGCCAAGUGCAAACCAAUGGAAGAGAAAGCAAUCACCGCUUUUCAAAUGAUGACCGGUAGUUCAAGCACAUCUCUUCACUAAGCCUCAUUAUUGGGAGGUGGUCAGCUGCAGACGCAAAUGGCACGGCAGCCGGCACCUCGGAGCGCUUCCGGCUUAAGCUCCCGACGCGGGGGCUCGGAGACUGACGGCGCCAAUGCCGACUCCAAAUAACGCCGAGUCCCGCCAAGUCCCGUCUGCCGCUGAGGGCGGCCAAAGGCAGCGCCGACAGUGCCAUGUGUCCGCCAAACUGCGUCGUCGCGGCCAGAGUGGAAAAGUGGCACAAGCAGAUGGCCGUCGGCCUUGUGCUGAUGUUUGGGUGGGCACCUUUCUUCAAAGGCGUCCUUCUGUUGGGACCCAUCGAGUGACGGACGGACGGCUGGGCCCCUUUUCAAGCAAGCGCCAGAGACGUUUGGUGUGCGCGCGGCAGCCGCGCCGACUCAUGAGGAAGAGGCCUUGACUAAAUAUCACCGGCGGCCAUCGUUUCUUUCCGGCUGUGUCGGCUCCUGAGGCCAGGUCACCGCGUGCGUGACUCAUCCACCGUACAGGACUCCGGUGAAGGACCGGACCGGACCAAAGCAAAGGCCCCAUCGCAGCGCACCAAAGUCUGUCGUGUUGACUUUUGACAAGGCCGACGCUCGCGAUGGAGCGGAACGCCAGCCGACCCGCUGGUUGCGGUCCGCAGGUGUCCUCGCUCUACUUCAAGCUGUGUGACCUGCAGGCGGCCUGGGGCGUGGCGGCGGAGGCCUUGGCGGCGGCCGGCGCCGUGCUCAGCCUGCUUCUGUUGGUGACGCUGCUCGCCAGCGUACCCUUCGUGCGGGAGCCCCAGCGUAGGAGCGGCGUGGCCCUGCACGCUAUCUUCCUGGCGUGCACGGGCGGCCUCUUCGGCCUGACCUUCGCCUUCGUCGUGGGCGAGAACUUAUCCACCUGCGUGUCGCGGCGCUUCCUGUUUGGCGUCCUCUUUGCCGGCUGCUUUUCCUGUCUCCUGGUUCAAGGUGUGCGGCUGAACGCGCUGGCCCGGGGCAAGCGCGCGCCGCCGGCACUGAGUUCCUGCCUGGCCGCCGCGGCUCUGUGGGCGGUGGAGGUGGUGGUCAACGCCGAGUGGCUGAUCAUCACGGUGGCGCGCCAGCCGGCGACGGACGGGCCCGCCGACGCAGCCUGCAACCUGACCAAAGCCGACUUUGCCAUGGCGCUCAUCUACGUGAUGGCGCUCCUGGUCGCUACGCUGUGCGCCGGCCUUGGCGUGGUGGCGGCCGGAAAAGAGCAGCCGUGGAGGAGGGAGGGCGCCCUCAUCCUGGCCUGCGCCUUCCUCUCGGCGGCCAUCUGGGUGGCGUGGAUCGCCUUGUACGUCCGGGGGAGCGAAGGCGGGCCCGGGUGGGACCAGCCCACCCUGGCCGUAGCCCUGGUGGCCAACGCCUGGAUCUUCCUGGCCACCGUCGCCAUCCCUCAAGUGUGCUGCUCGGGAGGAGACGGGGAACCCGACUUUGGCCAGGACGCGCACCCGGGCCGCGCCGUGGGCUACGAGAACGUUGUCCGGGGACGCAACGUUUUCGCCGACAGCAGGGAGAACAAAGCCUUCGCCGCUGACGAGCCCGCGCAAGAUGCCGAGGCGGUGUCCCCGUACAGCGGCUACACGGGUCAGCUGAGAAAUUCCGUGUACCAGCCCACCGAGCUGGCCAUCAUCUCCGAAGCCCGCAAUCCUCCGGGAGGAGGGCCCUCCCAUUCCGCCAUUCCCAGAGCGUCUGCCCUCGCAAAUGCUUACGGAAACAACGAUCACGCGUCGUCGCUAAGGAGGACAGAGUGGUAACACCCGCUCGGCGUGCUCUUCUGGCCCCUCCCUCUGCCUGAUGAUAGUCCGGACGCCGAUCCGUUCACCGCUCGCGUUGGACGGAGGCAAGGGCUGCGGACUCAUAAUACUUAUGUCUGUUGUGGGCCGCUGUGUCUGAACUCCGCAAGACAGAAGUGCAGCGCGCCACGCCACAUUCAAGUUUAGCACACGCUUGUGGAGAUUCUCCUGCAAACUCCACGCUAGCUUCAAGGACAAUUGGCAGCACUGCAUUUUAGGCCACUCCACGAGACGGUAAUAUAGCUGCAACACGGCCCCACGCCUCAUCUUUUUCACUGUCAGAAUUUAUUCAUUUGGUUCUUUGCAAAAUAAAAGCGCCUCAGCUCA